AUUACGAUACGUUAUGAAAUCGUUCAACAUUUCUGAAUAUAAAAUGUAAAUAAAAUUGCGCAGUAAAUAUUUUUAUAUAUAACAAUUACAAGAUUAAAACAUAUUAACAAGGAGAAUACUGUAGGCUAUAAUUAACAUUUUUAUGAUAAAUAAAUAGACAUAUAGAAUUUUAUCGGACAUUUGUAAGUAUGAAUUUUUAGAUUGGUACGUAGGAAUCAUGUUGUUAAGAACACAAUUUUGUACGUACCGUCAGUCGUCAGGUCAUGCAUGUCACUGUCAAACAGAAACAGCUGAUAUUUUGAUAAUUGCAUUGCAUUGCAGAAGGGCUGUUUUUUGCACUAUUCCAGUGUGUGAUUGCGAUUAGGAUUACAAAUAAAAUGAUAGUAAUUAUUGUCAAUAAAGAUCAGACAUAAAAAUGAAUUUACCUGUCCUGAGGCUUUCUUUGCCUAAUCGUAAAGUAUGUAAAUGGAUUCACACAAAACUUACACGUGUAAGGUUUGCACCUAGCCCUACCGGUUAUUUACAUCUGGGUGGGUUAAGGACUGCCCUCUACAAUUAUUUAUUUGCAAAAUCCCGUGGUGGUACAUUUGUAUUACGGAUAGAAGACACCGAUCAGACGAGAAAAGUUGAAGGUUCCAUUGGUGCACUGAUGAAAGAUUUAGAUUGGGCUGGUAUAGAGUGUCAUGAAGGGCCCAAGCAAGGAGGCAAUUUUGGCCCUUACAUACAGAGUGAAAGGCUUCAAAUAUACCAAGAGCAUAUAAAUACUCUGCUGAACAAUGGGUCUGCAUAUAAGUGUUUUUGUACUGAACGGCGCUUGAACUUAAUACGGAGAGAUGCUGUAAGAUCCCAACGGAUACCGAAAUAUGAUAACAGAUGUCGUACUUUGUCUGCAGAUGAUAUCAAAGAGAAAAUAAAUUCUGGUAUUCCAUAUUGCAUAAGAUUCAAGCUUUCUUCAGACUGCUCAUCGUUCGAAGAUUUAAUAUUUGGUGGGAUAGCAUAUGAUGUCUCCCUGAAUGAAGGCGACCCAGUACUGAUGAAGAGCGACGGUUUCCCGACCUACCAUUUUGCCAACGUGGUGGAUGACCACCUCAUGAAUGUGACACAUGUACUCAGAGGUGUUGAAUGGCAGAUAUCGACAACAAAACAUUUACUGCUUUAUAAGGCCUUUGGGUGGACGCCCCCGCAAUUUGGCCAUCUUCCGCUCAUUGUGAACUCUGAUGGUACAAAGCUGAGUAAAAGGCAGAGUGAUGUGAAAGUAGAAGAUUAUAGGAUUAAAGGUAUAUAUCCUUUAGCGUUAGUUAACUAUAUCACCCUAUCUGGCGGUGGCUUCGAGCACGUUCCAGGAGAGGGCGUCAGGCUUAAAACAAUGGACGAACUAGCUCAAGAGUUUCAAAUCGACAGGAUAUCUUCACACCCCAGCCGUUUAAACCCAGACUUGCUUGAAGAAUGCAACAGAUUAGAGAUAAAACGACAACUCCAAAGUCCGGACCAAGCUCAGUUAGUCGCCAGACUUCAAGAACUUAUCAAGCAGACGUAUCCUGAGAAGAGCUUAAAUAUAUCUAAAGAGCAUGUUGAGAGUGUGUUGAAUUGGGCAGUUGCUAGAAUAACUAAGAUAGAAGAUUUGGUGUCUCCGGCAUUCGGCUUUCUCUGGAUUCUACCUAAUAGGAAGCCGGAGGACGUGAAUGCAGAGCUGUUGAGAAAACUAGUCGAUCAUCUGGCAAGUCUGGAUCAGUUCGAGGAAAUCACUCUCAAACAUAGUUUAAAGGAGUUUUCCUCUGACAAUGACGUGAAGUUUCCUGCUCUUAUGAAGAUGCUCAGGUCUGUUCUGAGCGGGCUAAGUGAAGGCCCUAGCGUUGCCGAAAUGAUGCAGUUGCUGGGCAAGAACCAGUCGUUGGAUCGAAUAAAAGCUGUUGUGCGAUGA